AUGGCGCACAGCUGUCGGUGGCGGUUCCCCGCUCGGCCCGGAGGGAGCAGCAACUCCGGUACCGGGAGGAGAGCGGGCCGAAUCCGGGUUACUGCCUCUCUGCAGAAUGUCUCCGGAGCCCUCCCUAACGCUGCUGGGCUCGGACCCGGGUUUGAUGCUGCAUUACAGGUCUCCUCGGUUAUCGGGAGCAACCUGCAGAAAUUUCGGGAUGUUUUGGGUGAAUCGAGUGACUCGAGCAGCGGGGAGGACGAAGCAUUUAGAGGAUUUAGAACAGUUACUGAGCAGAAAAGAAUACAGAGCCCUUCAACAACCUCUUCAGGUCCACCACUGCAGGAGAAGAAACCCAGAGGCCGUCCCCCAAGAGCCUUCACGACCCAGAAAGCUGCUGCAUGUCUACCUUCCCCUUCCUCCAUUCCUUCCCCCACACAGGCCAAACCUGAGGGUCCUGAAAGGCCAGCUGAGAAGGUGAAAAGGCUGCCUGGGAGGCCACCUGGCACCAGAGAAAAGAGAAGAGGCCGACCCCCGUCCUCAAGUAGCAAAAAGACUUGGACUACAGGCAACCAUGCAGCAGGGGAGAGUAGUAGACUGGCUGGGUCGGAGCUGGGCAUGGACACAGAGGAGGACAAUGACAGAAAGGGUGUCAAGAGGACGGCCCCAGGCUCUGCUCAGCCACACAACACUGAUGCAAAGCUUCCCAAAGGUGGGCGGGGUGAAUCCAAAGUUACCAACUUGAAAAGGCUAAGAGUGACUAAACUGGCCCCUCUCAAGUCACGGCUCAAGACAUUGCCUGGUGUACCCCGCCGCAGACGUGGGCGACCUCCCUCAGCCGAACGUCUCAAAGCUGAGGCGGCAGCAGCUGCUGCUGCACAGCUCUCUUCCUCCAUUGAAUGUGGGGAUGGGAAACAUAAGGUCUAUAGGGCCAGAGGGGGGGAUAGAGGCACAGAACCACACACUCCCCAGCCCAUGCUGAGGAAUGUAGAUGGUUCUGAGGACCAGGACUCUGCCAAUCCACCUGCUUCCCCGUCCCCCUCCAAGUCUGGCAGAACAGUUGGCCUUCGAAAAAGCCCUCGCCAUAGAAAGCCUGUCAGAAUUGUCCCCUCAUCCAAACAUGCAACCAUCGCUAAACAGUUGCUGCAGCGUGCAAAGAAAGGAGCGCAGAAGCGGUUGGAGAAGGAGGCUGAAGCCAUUGUAGGGAGUGGGUCAGGAACUGUUGAGGCUGGCAUCAGGAAGACCCAACUAAAGAACAUUAGGCAGUUCAUCAUGCCAGUCGUAAGCACUGUCUCCCUUCGCAUCAUCAAAACCCCCAAACGCUUCAUUGAAGACGAGGGCAGCUUUGGAACUCCUACACCCCAUAUGAAGAUAGCACGGUUAGAACCAACCCCCUCCUCUGUGUCCACACCUACCCAACCCACAUCCACCACCUCUUCUUCCCCUGCACCUGUGCUGGCCUCCUCUACACCCGCUGUUACUAACACUGGCACCACUGCUCCUGUAGACUCCCUCCCCCCUCCUCCACCUCCUGCCCCAACUCCCAGUGCUCCAUCAACAGCUGCCAAUCUGCUCAACAGCAGCACAAACAAUGCUAACGCCAAUGGGCGAUUUAGCAGCAGCGCAGCAUCUUGUGGCUCAAGCGCUGUGUCCCAGCACUCCUCCCAGCUCUCCUCUGCAGAGUCUUCCAGGUCCAGCAGCCCCAGCUUGGAUGACUCAUCAUGCGACUCCCAGGCUUCAGAGGCCACACAGGCUUUGUCAGAGCCUGAGGAUCACUCUCCAUCCUCACAGGGAGAGAGGGAAGCCAACCUGUUACACAGCUCACGGCCUCCUACGCCUCCUUCUGAGCCAGAGCAAGAGCAUGUGUUGGCAGAAUUGAGUUCGCGUGGCCGCAGAGGACAGGGUGUCGGCCGGGGAAACCAGAGGGUUAGAGAAAGCGCAGGGGCUAAGAAGCCGAUCAUUAGCCCGCCAACAGGAGUGCUGUUGUCCUCCUCUGCUCUUGUAAAUUCCCAGCAAGCUUCAUCGACAGCCUCCUCCUCUUCUUCACCUCCACCUCCACCGCUCCUCUCCCCUCCACAGCCUCUACAGUCAGCUUCCUCCAACGCAGCUGCCAUCAGUGAACACCACGCUCAGUCACCCUGGAUGUCUCAUCAGUUUCUCGCUGGACCUUCAGUUCUAUCCAGCUUGUCAGACAAACGAAGCCGCUCGAUUCUGAGAGAGCCAACUUUUCGCUGGACGUCCCUGUCCCACCCUGGACAUCAGUACUUUUCCUCAGCUAAAUACGCCAAGGAGGGCCUAAUUCGCAAGCCAAUAUUUGACAACUUCCGUCCUCCCCCUCUCACUGCAGAGGAUGUGGGGCUGAUGCCACAAGGUGUAGGUGGAGCAGGGGGAGCUUCUCCAGUUUCCUUCCCAGCACCAGGCGGUGGAGCAGGGACAGGAACUCGUCUUUUUUCCCCUCUUCACAGUCACACCCAUCACCAACAUCCCUCUUCAUCCCGCUUUGACGCCACACUCCAGAAGCGCAGCCCCUUGCUCCGUGCUCCCCGAUUUACACCCAGCGAGGCCCACUCUCGGAUAUUCGAGUCUGUUACGCUGCAUUCAUCUUCUGGAAGCAGCCCUGGCUCUCUCUCCCCACACCAGACUUCCUCUAGCUCCAGCAGAGCGCUGCGGCGCAGGAGAAGACUGGCUUCCGUAACAUUACGUGGCAAUCCACGGUCUCCUUCCCACUCAAUGACCAGACGCAGCAGCCAAAUAGGAGGUCAGAUAUCCAUAAGGAAAGGGUCCUCUGAGAUGUCUGUGCUGACAGGCUCUGUCUCCAAUAGUAACUCCAGCUCUUUGCCAGGGGUUUCUGCAAGUCCACUAGCCACUAGUGCCUUAACUCCUGCCUCUUUCAGCACCUUCUCCACUGUUUCCCGGGCUCUGUCCUCACAAGGGACAGCUGAGAGCAGGAGGGGGGCGUCUGGAAACCCUCCUCCUUUGUCAACUACAUCCUCCUCUUCCUCCCCACUUUUCCCCCUCUUUCCUUCCAGUGCACAGGACACAGGGCGAGGAGCUGGGAAAGGAGGUAAGGAUAAAUGCCUGUCAGCUACCCAGGAAUCUGCACCGAAAGAAAAAGAAAGGGAUUCUGAGAAAAACAGAGAGAAAGAGAAGGAGAAUAAGAGGGAGGGGAGAAAGGAGUUGGAGAAAAGAAGCAAAGUUUCUACACCUGAUGGCUCCCCAAAUGCACCUUCUGGACUGUUUUCUGUGGAUGGGAGGGACUCAGAAGAUAUUCUUAUAACUCCUGCUCCAAAAAAGACUCCAGGUAGAAAAAAAUCCACAUCCGUUGACACGGUCUCAGAUACCGUGUCCUCAGAGUUGCGCGGAAUCCAUUCCACUGUUCCCCUUUCCAUUGCUAAAGGGCGUUUAGCUAAGAAGGGUAGACCCUCAGAGAAAGGAGUAGAGGUGGAGGAUGGGGAAAAGGAGAAGGAGAAGCAAAGUGCUCCUAGCCAGCAGACAGCAAGCCUUCCAGGGCAGCCAGGCAGACAACAGCUCCCUGUCGCCUCUCUUGGACCAGUGUUGGAGCAUGCAGAGAAGCAGCCUGUGACAGACAAGCGGGUAGUUGGACUCUUAAAGAAGGCCAAAGCACAGCUCUUCGAGAUCAAGAAGAGUAAGCUAAAGCCUGCAGACCAGACCAAGGUUCAGGGUCAAGAGAGUGACUCGUCGGAGACCUCAGUCCGCGGUCCACGCAUCAAGCAUGUAUGUCGUCGUGCAGCUGUGGCUCUUGGUCGUAACCGGGCUGUGUUCCCUGACGACAUGCCCACACUUAGUGCCUUGCCUUGGGAGGAGAGAGAGAAGAUCCUAUCUUCCAUGGGGAAUGAUGACAAGUCAUCAGUAGCAGGCUCCGAGGAGGCAGAGCCUCAGUCCCCUCCUUUAAAGCCACGCGAGACACGGCAAAAGGCUGUUCAAGAAGCUCCUCCCAAGAAGGGUCGUCGGUCGCGUCGCUGUGGUCAGUGCUCAGGAUGCCAAGUUCCAGAAGACUGUGGGGUCUGCACCAACUGUCUCGACAAGCCUAAAUUUGGAGGGCGAAACAUUAAAAAGCAAUGCUGCAAGAUGAGAAAGUGUCAGAAUUUGCAGUGGAUGCCCUCAAAGAUGUUUCUUCAAAAGCAGGGAAAAGGCAAGAAAGACAAGAAAAAGAACAAGCUGUCUGAGAAGAAAGAGGGUCUCAAUUUGGUCAAAGGACCGACCUCAGAGUCUGGACCUAAAUCCUUGCCUGCACCACCAAAGGAGGAGCCUCUCCGCAAAAAGAGCGACACACCGCCACUCAAGUUGCCAGAGGAUAAGUCAAGACAGCCACAGCCUUCGUCAAAGCAGUUCCCAACCCUCGCGUCCUCCCCUGCCCCACUUGAACCCCCUCAGACCCCCAACACAGUCACAGCACCGACCCCGUCUCCAGUCCCGACACCAGACACCAAACAGCCCUCCGUCACAGGCAGUGUCACCAGCAAGAAGGGACACAAAGUACAGCCCUCUGUACCAACAUCCUCCUCCUCCUCCUCCUCCUCAUCCUCUUCUUCCUCAUCCACUUCUUCAUCGUCCUCAUCCUCUUCAUCUUCCUCCCCCUCGUCUUCAGCACAGAAUUCCCCAUCCCAGUCUACGCAAUCUCAUCAUCAACCGUCACAGCAGCAGCAGCAGCAGCAGCAGCAGCAACGGCCUCUUACGAGUCAGGCACCUUCCAAAAAAGACGCAUCACCCAAGAUUCCCCUGUGCGAACCCAAGAAGAAGCCCCAGCAGCACUCAGUGCAACAGCAAAGCUCAACUCCUACCACUUCAGACACGGCUGAAUCAAAACAGUUGAAGAAGCCCGCUUCUCGCUCUGUUCCCCCAUCUCCCAAACUGAGAGCAAAAGAUAAGCCACUGACCACUAAACCUCUCAGCAGUAGUACUUUAAACUGGCUGAGCACUCCCUCGACUAGGGGCCAGACCAUGUCCAGAGCGCCCUGCGACGGAGUGCAUCGUAUCAGAGUGGAUUUCAAGAGGGACCAUGAUGUGGAGAAGGUGUGGGAGGCUGGCGGCCUCAGCCUGCUCACCUCUGUGCCUGUCACACCAAGGGUGCUCUGCUUCUUAUGCGCAAGCAGUGGAAAUGUCGAGUUCGUCUUCUGCCAGGUGUGCUGUGAACCCUUCCAUCUUUUUUGCCUUGGGGAGUCAGAGCGCCCUCUCCAGGAGCAAUUUGAGAACUGGUGUUGUAGAAGAUGCAGAUUCUGCCAGGCCUGUGGACGCCAGCAUCAGAAAACUAAACAGCAGCUGCUAGAGUGUGAUAAGUGCCGAAACAGCUAUCACCCGGAGUGCCUGGGUCCCAACCACCCCACCAGACCCACCAAGAAGAAGAGAGUCUGGGUUUGCACCAAGUGUGUGCGCUGUAAGAGUUGCGGAGCCACUAAACCUGGGAAGUCCUUAGAUGCCCAGUGGUCACAUGACUUCUCUAUGUGUCAUGACUGUGCCAAACUGUUUGCAAAAGGAAACUUCUGCCCAUUAUGCGAUAAGUGCUAUGAUGAUGAUGACUACGACAGCAAGAUGAUGGAGUGUGGCCAUUGCAACCACUGGGUUCACGCUAAGUGUGAGAAUCUGACCGAUGAAAUGUACGAGCUGCUAUCAAAGCUGCCAGAGAGCGUUGCCUACACAUGUACCAAAUGUACCAACCGCCAUCCGGCCGAGUGGAGGACAGCGCUGGAGAGGGAGCUUCAGGGCUGCGUUCGCCAUGUUCUCACUGCACUGCUCAACUCGCGCACAUCGUCACACCUACUACGCUAUAGACAGGCGGUGAAGCCUCCAGAGCUGAACCCCGAGACUGAGGAGAGUCUACCAUCCCGUCGUUCCCCGGAGGGCCCAGAUCCUCCAGUCCUGACAGAAGUCACUCCCACACCCCCCAGCGACUCCCCUCCAGACCUGGAGUCGGUUGAGAAAAAGAUGGAUCAUGGCCGUUACAAUUCAGUGCUGGAGUUCAGCGAUGAUAUCGUGCGGAUUAUUCAGACGGCCAUCAACAGUGACGGGGGCCAACUUGAGAGCAGGAAAGCAAACAGCAUGGUCAAGUCCUUCUUCAUCCGGCAAAUGGACCGCAUCUUCCCAUGGUUCAAAGUGAAAGAGUCAAGUUUCUGGGAAAGGCAAAACGUCUCUGCAAAUAGUGGGCUCCUCCCAAAUGCUGUGUUGCCUCCGUCCCUAGACCACAACUACGCCCAGUGGCAGGAGACACUGGAGCUCUCUCGUGCAGAGCUACCCCACCUCAUGAAAAAGAUCAUCCCAGCUCCUCAACCCAAGACCCCAGGUGAACCGGAUUCUCCAGCCUCCCCUCCUCCGCUCCCUCCAUCUCUGCCCCCACCGCCUCCGCUCCUACCUGAUCGGGAAGACAGCCCUGAGCUCCCUCCCCCACCAGGCAUCAGUGAUAACAGGCAAUGUGUUCUGUGUCUAAAGUAUGGAGACGAGAACACUAAUGAGGGAGGCAGGCUGCUGUACAUUGGUCAGAACGAGUGGACACAUGUGAACUGUGCCCUGUGGUCUGCCGAGGUGUUUGAGGACGACGAUGGCUCUCUCAAGAAUGUUCACAUGGCUGUUCUCAGGGGAAAACAGCUGAGCUGUGAGAAGUGUCAGAAGCCAGGGGCCACAGUUGGCUGCUGCCUCACCUCUUGCACCAGCAACUACCACUUCAUGUGCGCCCGCCAGUGUCACUGCGUCUUCCUUGAGGACAAGAAAGUCUACUGUCCAAAGCACCGAGACCUCAUCAAGGGAGAAGUGGUGUCUGGGUUUGAGGUCACCCGCAGGAUCCUGGUGGAUCUAGAGGGCAUUAGUCUCAGGAGGAAGUGGCUGGCAGGCCUGGAGCCUGAAAAUGUCCACAUGAUGAUAGGCUCCAUGACCAUUGAUUGUUUGGGGAUACUGACUGAACUCUCAGACUGCAAAAGCAAACUCUUCCCUGUAGGGUACCAAUGUUCGAGGGUGUACUGGAGUACUUUAGACGCUCGAAAGCGCUGUGUGUAUACCUGUAGGAUCCUAGUUUGUCACCCUCCAGUGGUAGAGUCUGACCUAAAGAACAUGAUGGCUCCUGAGGAGAAUCGCACUAUAGCACACAGUCCUCCCAUAGCAGACUUUCCUGAUCCAUUUGAAUCCCCGAGACGAUCUGAAACACUUUCACCUUCCAAUACUCCCAAGCUCAGGGUUUACACCAGGAACAGACACCCAAGCUACCCCCCCUGUCAGCGCUCACUAGGCCCCAGGCCCAUGCCCUCACCAGGAGGUAACUCUCAGCCCCAAAGCCAUGAGAUUGUCACUGUAGGAGACUCCCUGGUGAACUCCACCAUGCGCAACAUUGACUCAUGUCGCCACAGCUCCAUUUCUCUCUCUCUGACUUCACACCAGCUGAACAGACAAAGAGGGGCAACCUCCCUCCUCCAGAUUUCAUCACGUCCGCUUACCUCACCCCCGCCCCUCAUCCCCUCUCCUGCCAGAGACCCUGAAAGGUCCAAACACCUCAGCAAAGACUCUGCGAAGAGUCCAGUCCAGAAAGAGGAAGAAAGAGGCAGACCAUUCUCCACUGACAGAAACAGAUCACAACCAUCCAGGGACCAGGGGCCGAGAGAUGCAGACAAGGGAAGGGUGUUGGGUCAGGACCAAGCCUCCAAGGUUUCUGACAAGUAUAAAUCUUCCAGGGAACUUGGGCAGAAAGACUCUGACAAAGACAUAAUACCAACCAAAGAGCAAGAGAAGAGGAAACUGUCUAGUAAAGACUCAGGUCAGAAAGAAUCUGUACGAGGAAGAUCUGUCAGUAGAGAUCUUUUGAAGGAUUCCGAAAGGGGGAGACAAGCAAACAGAGACUCUGAGAAGUGGAGACAGGCGAGCAGAGAGUCAAGUAAUCGAGACACGGACAAGAACAAGUCAACGUCCAAGGAUUUUGAAAAAUCUCGAUCUCUCAGUCGAGACACAAGUCUGAGGGAGUCUGAGAAGCAUAAACAAUAUAGCAGGGAAGCAGGAAAAGACUCAGGUCAAAGUAAAGACAGACUGUCCAGCAGAGACUCUGACAAGAGUAAACCUUCCUCUAGAGAUUCCAGUUAUAGAAGCACAGAGAAAAACAAAGACUCUGGCUCAGGGAAAGAUAACAACCCUGGCAGCCAGUCCAAACAGGCUGGAGGUGAGAGUAAAUCCAUCAGACUGGCACCUGCAGGAUCAGGUCAGUCCUCCCCUCCUGUGGGCACUGCUGUUCUCACAGCUCAGCAGAGAGGUGGAAGCACCAAGCAGGCAGACAAGCAAGGGAAACACGGAGGCAAAGACCAGGGUGUUCCGCAGUCUCGCUACAGGUCCACCCCCACAUCUAACAUAAUUCAGUCUAAGGACAAGCCCAGCUCAGGGAAGGAGAGUAGUAGUGUCACUGGAAAUAUGUCAGCUUCACUCCAUAAGGACUCUGUGGUUGGGAAAUCCGUCUCCCCACACUCAUCAUUUCAGAAGUCAAAUGCAGGUAAAUCAGUUGAUUACUCGUCAGGUGCAGCUACAGCAGCAACCAUGAAGCCUGUGUGGCCGUCAAGGACACCCGCAGAAGAUGAUGUUGCCAGGCAAGGCUCCUUGCACUUUUCCUCCCAAGCUGCAGCCUCAGCUGCCAAAGACAAACACCCCAAAGCAAAGAUGGCAGGCAGCAAAGAGGUGUCCAAAGACCGCGACAGAGAUAGGAGUCUCCAGAACAGCAACAGUUCCUACAAAAUCCCUCUUCUUAAUAAUAACACAAAAGCUUCCGGCAGCUCCAACAUGUACGCUCCAAACCCCAACUCACACAACAGCAGCAACAGCAAAGCUCCGGUGCUCGGCAACAGCACCAAAGGCCACGGGAAGGCUCAGGGGGAGAAGCAGGAGAACCAGGUAGGAGACAGGUCAUCCUUUAAGAGCAGAGAAAACUACUCCUGUCCUGAGAGGAAGAACAGCUCGAGUCUGGACAACUCACAGCAGCUGCAGCAGGGCGGUCUUUCAAAAGAGAAAGAAGCAAAGACCACCUCCCUUUCUCACACCAAUCCAACAAGUAACCAGCUCCCUAAAGAGAAAAAGAGAUCAGGUAAACCUCCUGCUGUAACUUCACUUAAGACUGAUAUCAAGACUGACCCUAAUGGGACCAGCACUGUUGGUGGUAUUUCUUCCUCCUGCCCCACCACCACAACCACGAUAUCCACUGUCUCUCCUGCUGGCCAGGGGACCUGUCGCUCUACCUGCUCCACUCUCUUUUCCUCACCCUCCGCCAGCAGCAGCGACAGCUCUGAAUCCGACACUCAGACUCACACAGAGGAAGAUGAUUUGCACAAAGAGCGCUCACCCAGUGAGCUCCGAGAUCGCCACAGCCUUCCUGCUCAAGGCACAGAGGACGAGGGGGAUGGCCCAGAUGACGACCACGGCAGAGGAAUGGACGUUAAAAGCCAUGAAGACGACAGUGACGGUUCAGGCUCCACCAAGCGGCGUUACCCUCGACGCAGUGCCCGCGCACGCUCCAACAUGUUUUUUGGCUUAACGCCUUUGUAUGCUGUUCGCUCGUACGGUGAGGAGGACCUACCCUUCUACAGCAGCGGCGAUGCAGCUGGAGCAGUGGUUAAGAGGAGGACUGGUGGUCGGAAGAAGUCGGCUGAGGGGCAGGUGGAUGGAGCGGAUGAUAUGAGCACCUCCUCUUCUUCAGUUGACAGUGGAGAGGAAGAAGACAGUGGAAUGAAACAACGAGGUAAAGACCCUUACUACUACAACUUCACCCGAACAAUAAUUAACCCUGGCGAGGGUCUACCCUCUAUAGAAGGGAUAGACCAGUGUCUAGGAAGAGGUUCCCAGCUUCAGCGCUUCCUAAAAGACGAGGAGCAACAACAACAGAGAGCUCAAGGCAAAGCUGAAGAGGACUUGCUGAGUGCUUUGACCUUAGGCAAGCAGCAUAUCGGACAGCUGGACGGUGUCGAUGACGGCUCGGAGAGCGAUACAAGCGUCUGCACCACCAGCACCACCACCACUACAGCCACCUCCUCCUCCACCCCACACAAGAGCACGCCGAGGCGAAGGGGCCGAGAGAGGCACGCAGAGAAACCGGACUCCCAUGACACAAGCAAGGAUGCUGACAGUGGCGCAGGAGCAGUGAGCGGGAACACACGAGAGGGCAGAAAGAAGGGUCAGGGGCAGGACCCUCUCGAGGCUCAGCUGUCCCUCAGCACAGACCUGCUUAAAUCUGAUUCAGACAACAACAACAGUGAUGACUGUGGCAACAUUUUGCCGUCUGACAUCAUGGAGUUCGUCCUCAACACACCGUCUAUGUCGAUGCAGGCUCUGGGUCAGCAGUCUGAGCCCUCGUCCUCGGAGUUGCUCCUGGAUGAGGGCUACGUUGGAGUGGAUGUAAAUCGGCCUAAAGACAUUCUGUUUGAUGACUUUUCUCAGCCGCUGCCCAGCACUGAGAGCGGAGGUGUAGUGGAGAGCAGUGUGAAUAGCUCCAUAUCUGUAGAGGAACCGUAUCUUCCGCUGGAGCUGCCCUCUGACCUCUCUGUCUUGACCACACGCAGCCCGACUGUCAGCUCCAGUCAGAACCACACUGCUGCUGGGAGCCUUAUCUCUGAUUCCUCAGACCGCACCAUGCUGGGCUUGACCUCAGACACCGACACAAUCAGUGGGGAGAAGAGCGGGGAAAAGAAAAGGGCAGUUCCGGUUGUGUCACCUUCAGAAAACCAGCACGAGGCUCCUACUUUGGGAAAAACAGAUACACAGGUCACAGAAGGUCCCAUGACCCCAGAGCAGUUCAUUCCCAGCCCUGCAAUCGGCCAGGUGGUUGAAUCUCCAGGUAACCAGGAUGUCCCAAGAAGUUCUGCCACCCAUGGUUUGCCAAGUUCUCCUUCCCUGCCCCUCCAGGGUCAGAAAUACCUCCAAGCAUCAGCUGCAGUUGCAGGCAGCCCCAGUCCUGUUCCUGGCCUAGGACCAUCCCAGGCCCAGGUUUCCAGUCCAGCAGUCAUCAAACCGGGCCCUGAUAAGCUCAUUGUUGUCAAUCAGCAGUUCCAGCCUCUCUAUGUUCUGCAGACAGUCCCUAAUGGUGUCACCCAAAAAAUCAGUGCUGCAGGAGUGAUGGAAGCUGGCUCUCCAGCUGUGCUGAGUUCCAUGACGCUCACCACAGGCUUGACUACAGGUUUAUCCAUGGCUCAGCCGAUAUUUUCCACUGGUGGUAAAGUCCUGGGCACCAUGUCUCACCCCUCCCAGAUUCACACCUUCACAGGAGCCACAAGAGCAGGCUUUCAGACAGGAAUCCCCAGCACCACCUCAGGGCUUCUCAUUGGGUUGCCCUCUCAGCCCCACGACCAGUCCCAGAUUCUGGUCUCAGAAGCUGGUCGUCCACAUGAGCUGGGUCACAAUGUUGCAAUAGUGUCCAGUCCCUCCACCCUCGCCUCCACUCAGACCAUUCUCGCAUCUGCUCACGGAAAGAAGAGGCCCAUCUCUCGUCUUCAGCCUAGAAAAAGCAAAAAGUUGGCCCGCUCCCGUAGCCAGCCCACCUUGGCCCCGUCUGAAGUGGGUCCCCCAAACAUGACCCUUAUUAACCUGUCGUCACCUCAAAUUACCGCCAGCAUCCCCGGCCAACCUGGCAGCCUGGUUGAAUUAAGCACCCUCUCCACUUCUCAGCGCAAGGUGCCAAAUAUCAUCAAGAGACCUAAAUCAGGAGGGAUCAUGUACUUAGAACCAACUAGUCUCCUUCAGCAGGCGAUUUCUGGUACAGCCCAGUCCGGUAUCCUGGGUCAUGAUUCCUCCACUCACCUCAUACCUUGCACCGUCUCUGGUCUCAACCCCAGUCAGUCUGUGUUGAAUGUGGUGUCGGUGCCACCUAGUGGUGCCGCAGGGCCUAUUGCACCAGGAUCAGUGUCUCUGUCCACCCCCGUCCUCAGCUCUGCAGAUAUCACAGGGCCGAUUAGUAACCUCCUGUUUAAACCCAGUCCACAUAGCCUGGGCCUGUCUGAUCAGCCAAUGGUCCUUCAGUCAGCGGGGGGAGGCACUCUAAUGUCACAGCUCAGCUCCACCAUGCAGACGUCCAUAGCCAGCAGCAUCUGCGUCCUGCCGACCCAGCAGACCAUAAACAUGGCUGUCAACCAGCACGGAGAAACAGAGGGCAGCAAUGUCCACUUACAUCAUCCGUCUCAUUCUGUAAACAGAGCCCAGGCAAUGGACUCCUCUCCAAACACCACUGGUACUUUAGCCCACACAUCGUUGAGCCCUGCCAAGGGACGUGUUGUCGGAGUGUUCACCCAAACCUCUGCACACUCCCAAAGCAGUAGAACAACUCCCGUUUCCACGUCAUCACAACAGAUGCCACCUAACUCUGUUCCAUCGGUCAAAGUUCUAGGAUCAGAAAAAGGCAAGCAGAAAACAAAAAGAAGCAGGCAGACCUCAGACACAGCCAGCGGAAAGAAACUCAAGGCCUCUCAGUCAGAGGAGCAUCACAGCAACCCUGCAGGACCACUACACUCAAACACAAGUUCCAAAGAGCUGAGCUCCCCUGAACCCAUGGACACUGGAAAGCCAGCAGACAAGGCAGCAAACAAGAGUAUGAUUGGUAAGAAGAAGACAGCUGAAGGUCCAGUUGUACCAGGGAAAGUAGUUGGAAGAGAUAAACCAUCUGCAGCAAGGGGAGCGGGGUCUCUUGCUGUGGCUUUACCACCUGACCAGGACGGCAACAGCAGAGAUACCGCCUUGGAUAGCAAACCCAAGAAGGGCAUCAUCUUUGAAAUCUGCAGCGAGGACGGGUUUCACAUCCGCUGUGAGAGUAUUGAGGAGGCUUGGAAAUCCCUGACUGAUAAGGUGCAGGAAGCUCGCUCCCAUGCACAACUUAAAGAGCUUUCUUUUGAAGGCGUGAACGGAUUGAAGAUGCUGGGUGUUGUUCAUGAGGCUGUGGUCUUCCUACUCGAGCAGCUGUACGGCUCCAGGCACUGUCGCAGUUACCGUUUCCGCUUCCACAAACCAGAGGAAACCGAUGAACCUCCCAUCAACCCCCAUGGGUCGGCUAGAGCAGAGAUCAUCCACAGAAGGUCUGUAUUUGACAUGUUCAAUUUCUUGGCCUCAAAACACCGCCAGCCUCCUGAGUACAGGCCACAGGAAGAAGAUGAUGAUGAAGGUCACCUAAGGACGGCCAGGCGUGCCACCAUGGAGCUCCCACUGACUGUGAGAUUCAAACAGCUCAAGACCACUUCUAAGGAAACAGUUGGAGUCUUUCGGUCUCCCAUCCAUGGCCGAGGUCUGUUCUGCAAGAAAACCAUCGACGCGGGGGAGAUGGUCAUUGAAUACUCUGGAAAUGUCAUACGGUCUGUGCUCACUGACAAACGGGAGAAAUAUUAUGAUGGAAAGGGGAUUGGCUGUUACAUGUUUCGCAUCGAUGACUACGAGGUGGUGGACGCCACAGUGCACGGCAACGCGGCCCGCUUCAUCAACCACUCCUGCGAGCCCAACUGCUACUCCCGGGUCAUCACCGUGGACGGCCAGAAGCAUAUCGUCAUCUUUGCCUCUCGCCGCAUCUACUGCGGAGAGGAGCUCACCUACGACUACAAGUUCCCAAUAGAGGACGCCAGCAACAAGCUGCCCUGCAACUGCGGAGCAAAGAGGUGUCGCAAGUUCCUCAACUGACACUGGUUUUACAUUUUCUUAAUUUAAAGAUGACUGAGGACGUUCUGAAGGGGCUCCAUAGAGGAGUUUACUGUGGCUUCAUGCUGAUCCACACAGGAUCAUACUUUCCAACAGGGCCUGAGCUCUGUCAGCUUUUCUGCUGUUGUUAGCAGAACACAGCAGACACAGCUAUGUACUGUGUAUACAGGGCAGGCCAUUUUGGAGGAGGGGCCAUUUGUAGAAAUUCCAACAUAUUGUGCCUCCUUUUCUCUCAUUUACAUUUGGCAUGGGAAGUUCCACCUUCAGAGGUGUGUAAUGAAACGGUUUGAGCCUUCACAUCAUUGCAAUAUUGAUUCUAAUUUACAUGUGGGUGAUUAAGUAACCCCUUCAUAAUGUUUUUUUUACAUUGGCCCAUCCUCCUUAAUUUCCUAGAAUACGUUAUGGUCCACUAUUGCUGAGAUGUGAACAAAAAAAAACAAAAAAAUCAAAGAACAUGGAUCCGUUUUUACACCAAAGUGCAAUUUGUUGAAGGGAUUUGGAAGAGUAAUUUUACAAGAAAGAAAAAUUAGAACCAUGUUAGAAAUCCUUUUUUUCUUUUUUUAAGUCGCAGUGUCAGCUGUUAUUGAUGCGCAUCUUCUUGUCUGAAUGUGCCCUGAUGCCUUCAGAGCCAACGUUAACUGGUGGAAGACUCCCCUAAAGGUGGCAACACUGUAAAGGUUCAAGCUGUUAAAGCAGCCUGAUGUGUACAGGUGGAAACACUAGAGGGAGCAGUGGCCACAGAGACAGAGAAAAAGAGACAAGAGGGGGAGGAAAUGAAGAUUUGUUUGAAGAAAUAAAAAGAAAGGAGGUUAGGUUGACAUUAUGGUUGAUAUCUAAGGGUGAUUCCAGACGUUGUAGUACAACAAUGGAUGUGUACUAUGACAGCUUGGUAGCUAUGUAGAAAUGUUAUUGAUGGGAUUAAGCCUCUGGCCUGAGAGAGCGAGGCAGCUAGAGACUCUGGUGGACUGACAGCCGAGGGACCGGAGAACCCUGCUGAUGUGCUUUAGUAGAUAUAUUUGUAAAAAUAUUUUUUUUUUUUUUUUUUUUUUUUUUAAAGCUGUGAUCCUGAUACAGCCAAUGGAUCUGACAGAAACAUAGAAGGGUUUGUGCAUGUUGUGCUGUUGUUCUUGUCAAAACUUGUUAUUGGUAUAAGCUUGGACUCUUGAGUCACGUUCCAAAUUACAGCAGCAAACAGAACCAAACAUCUCGCCCUUGAAUUGAAUUUCACAAAGCUUGUUUUCUUCUUGGCCUAUUGUGAUAACUAUUAAUAUGUAAAAUGUGUUUUUUUUUAUUUGUAUUAAGUCUUUUAAAGUCUGUUAUCUGUCUUUUUAUUAUGGACAGGGAAAUAUCAUGCAUUGCUUUUAAAAAAAACAUGUAAAUAAUGUAUAUUUUUCUACAAAAAGACUUAAAAAGCACUCACUAGUGAAUAGCACUUAAUGAUGGUAUUUAUAUUUUUAAAAAAUCCUAUUUAUUUUGUUGCCAUUUUUGUAGGAAAUAGAGGUUUACAAACACUAAUGCUUUGUCUCUAUGUUUUGUAUUCCGCUGCCUUUUUACAAUUCUUCUUUUGUUUUGUUUCAGUUUUGUUUCUUGUUGGGUUUCUUUUUUUUAUUUCGUAGCCUGAAUGUUUUCUUUGAUUCCAAAGACUGACACUGGUCUGUGGCUUGGUCCCCUCUUUAGUUCAGUCCACCAGUAGCUCUUUUAUCUAUCCCAGGCCAUUGGGUCAGAGCUGACAGGUUCUUUAAAAUUGUUCUAGUUCUAGCUGGCAGUACGGCUGUUUAUGUGAACUAUUAUUAUGCACUUGAGAGAGUUUAGAUUGUUGAUCCAGAGCUGACAUCUCCUCUCUCCAGCCUUAUCCUCUCCACACCGCAUCGAGCCAAGAAGCAAGUCCACUCAACAGAAAGUCACUUCAAAAUGACUCGGUUUUUCUUGUCAUUAAUCGAUCAUUGAUUGACAGGCAUUCAGCCGAUCUGCACAUAAGUCAAAUUAAACAAGAGUCCCUUUGGUUGUUAAGAGUUUGUCCCUUUUGAAGACUCAGUUUAUAACAAAGAGUUGCCUUUAUUUUAAUGCUACCGACACCAUCUAUCAUACCUCCAUUAAGCCAACCUGUUAAUGAGGAAAACAACAUUUAUUCCUGCUCAGAACUCCUCCGUUUCUGACCAGCAGUUUGAAGUCACUAUUGUUUUGGUCUUCUUCACGAUGCCUUUUUGGACUGACUGGUUCCACUUUCCAUAGUUCCUUUUUCAAUGGUGUUAUUGUUGUCUGUGGUUCAUGCUGACCUCGUCCUGCAGGCCGUCCGCCAUCACUUCCACACUGCUCCUUGUUGUGAACUGAAACCACGCAUGGUUUGCACUUCUGCGGUGACACAGGCACUGAAUAGAUGUAGGAAAAAAAACUCAGCUCUUCUCUUAAGAGACAGAUGCAACUCCAAUGCUGAAAACACAAGCACACAAAAUCACUGAGGAAGUUUGUGCAUGAGGCACUGAUGUAAAAAAAAAAAAAAAAAACAGCUCAGUCAACUGGGAUUGGUCUACAAUAAUCCAGAAUGUGGCAAAUGAGGCUCUCUAAAAGUGCACUUGACUCUUUCUUUAUCUGCAACAAAGUGAAGGCAGGGACCACACCAGCAGUCCUAUCCUUCCUGAAGGGGCAGUGUGUACAAAUCCUCUGCUGUGCUUUUCCAUUUAGGGCCCUUGACCAGGUGUUGUAGGCCCCUUUUGUCAUCUGACAGGCCAGCGGCGGGGUUGUACGGCUGCACCUUCAUCUGACUCGCUGGGUUCUGCUGCUAAGGUCAACAAUGAAUGUAUAUUCCUCCUCCGCAUCAUCAGACAUGUGAUGAUGUAGAGUCUUUGUCAGCCACAUUUUGUUUUCAGUUCUUGUGUCAACUAGUAAAUAUGACCUCAAACUGGGCAGCAGCAACAGAAUAAUACACAAGUGUGAACAGCAGUGGGAUACGUGUCUGUAAGACACCUGGUUUGUCCUGGGUAAGCUCACAACUCAAUGCUAGCAUCGGUAAUAACACUUUUACUGAUGCAAAGGGCUCUGUCUAUGACUUUCACUUCUCGAGAUCUACUUCUGAAGGUCAGAGGGUUCAGUGAUCAAUAAGUCAUUUAUUUCUGAUAUACAAUAAGGGAAUGGUCUCUGUCGUUUCUUUGGACUUCAUUUCACCAUGCCACACCAGUGGCCCUUCUCCAUCAUUCUCUGUAAUUAUAGUAUAAAUACAUAAUAUUAUACGGAAACAUGCAUAGCAAUUUCUUGUACUUUAGUAUCUAUACAAUAUAUGGAAUGGACAGACAAACUUAGUUACAGUAGCAAAACAGCAGAUUUAUAAUGGUUAAUAGCAAUGUUUCAAUGUACUCUAUAAUGGUUUUUGUGUUGCAGUAUCAGCUGAAACUAACGUGCAUCAUUCUUUUGUAUAUUAAUAUCCAGUUCCAAUUUUGCCGUGCCUGUGAGCGCUCCUUCCUCAGCAAGAAGCGCUGCAGUUUAGCUUUCUCUUUUCUUUCUGGAAACAAAAUGGUUUUUAUGUGAUCAGAAAUGUAAUUGUAUUAAUGUGGUUGUGAACUUUCUUGGGGUCAGCCUUUUUCUUUUCUCUCCCUCCCCCCCCCCUCUGGUUGUUGUAGUGAACGUUUUUUCUGUUUAUUUCUUUGUACGUUUUAACAGGGACUUUUUAGACGGCUUACUUGAUGUGCUAUAAAUGAAGAGUUUGGUUUAUGGAGACUGAACAGAAAGAUCCCAUCAAAAUGUGGUUUGUCAUUUUGGAAAAACCUUUUAUGUCUCCCAGAUCAUCUCUCUCUCUCUCCCCCCCCCCCCCCCCCCUUUCUGAAGCUUUUGUUGUACUUAUCAUGUACUGUUUUUAUAGAAAGUCAGAAUUCUGAAAUAAUGCCGAUGUUGAAAACAUUUAAUUUAUUUAUUUUGUGCAACAUCCACCCUGAAUUGUUAUUUUUACAAGUCAAGGUUUGGGAGAGCUAGGAAGAGUACGUAAAGUGUUUGUAAUUUUUCAAUUGUUUCUUGUGUAUAGAAGUUAUCAGCCGAGGAUGGGAUGUCAUGUCACGGAGGGAGCCGGUGGUAGGAAGAACAAAAAAAAAACAACAAAAAAAAAAGGAAUCAUGGAUUAUGAACAGGCUUGUUUCUUAUGCCUUGAAUAUACCUUUGUCUUAUCAAUAUUCCUCCUGCUUUGUAAUAACUGUCAACAGUCAUUUUUCUCUCCCGUUAUAACAGUGUUAUUUCAAUACACAAUAACAAAAUGAAGGAAAACCACAACCGUGAAAAUGAACCACAAACUACUUGGUUGAAUGUAUAAUUAGGAAACAAAGUUGUACAUAAGUGUAAAAAGAAAAGUUUCUAAUCAUGUUUAUUUUCUAUGCACUUUUUUAUUUAAGUGAUAGUUUAAAUAAUAAACAUGUCUCCUUUA